AUGACCCCGCGCACUCGGUUGCUCCAGGGAGCAGCACUCCUGAGCGGUGCCACGGCCGCCCUCGCCGCGUGGGACUGCACCCUCCAGCUCGGCUCGCUUCGGUUCGACCUCAACCAGGUCAAGGGCCGAGAAGAGUGGGAGAUCGAGUCGCAGACCCCGCCCACCGUCCUCAAGAACCGCUACGCCCUGUCGCUGUGCGACGCCCUCCCCGACCCGCCUGCGUCCGCACCCGACGACGACUGCCCGCACGGCACGCGCCUGUGCAUGCGCGCCUUCUCGACCCGCCACGGCUACGACGACCGCCUCCUGUCGGUCGUGCCCGUCGCCGGUGACCUCGAAGGUGCCGCCGGCGGGAGCGCGCUCAACCCGCGCGCAGAGGAGAAAGAGGGGCACAAGCCCGACGAGAGGUGGGUGCUCGAGAUGGGCGGCGGGACGUACAACGGCGUCGGGCAGAAGGCGCGCAUCGACAUGGUGUGCGACGAGGGCGCGAGGGAGACGGCCCCGACCGUCGACGAGUACGAUGCCGGCGGCGGCAUCCUGUACCUCACGUGGCGCACGUUUGCCGCGUGCCCGACGAGCGGCGACGCUCCUCCUCCUCCGUCGCCCGAUCCUCCGGCGGGCGACAACGACCAGGACAAGGGCAAGGAGGGCGACCGCGAGCCGGACCGCGACCCAGUCGGGCACAGCCGCAGCCUCGGCUUCUUCGGGUGGUUCUUUACGCUCCUGUUCGUCGCCCUCGUCGCCUACUUUGCCCUCGGCGCGUACCACAACUACUCGACGUACGGCGCGACCGGCUGGGACAUGAUCCCGAACCGCGACGUGUGGCGCGACCUCCCUUUCGUCAUCUCGGACCUCUUCAAAGGUCGUGGAGGGAGCAGGAGCGGCUACUCGGCCUUGGGUUGACGCGGCGCGCGCGAGUCUGUGCAACGCGCGUUUCCCUCUUUCCUC